UAUGAAAAUAUUUAUGAUCCUUACAAUCAAAUUAGCAAGCAAACUGAUAAAUCUGCUGACUUUAUUUUCCCUAUACAGCCUCUUUCGCUGGCAUUGGCAACACUGGCAUCCGCCGACAUAUCUCUACAUAACGGCUACAAUAACAAUAAUCAAUGGCAGCAUCCACCCUACAACCCUGGUUUCCAACAACCGCUAAUCAUGCACUUGCUGCAACAACAAAUGCCAGGCAGUAUUGGCAAUCCGAUGCAAAUCACCCAGCCGGGUCAGCAAUAUUUACCCAUGCUACAACAACAAAGGCAACCAUUACCCGCACUGCAGCCAUUGUAUCCCCUGCCGCCACAAAAGCUUGCACCCCUACCCAUGCCAGCCAAUCUCCCUGCACCAGCUGGCUUCCGAUUGCCACUCGCACCAAUUAGUAUCGCCAAACAACAACGCCGUUCACGUCAACGUGUCAAGGUCGCUAAGAAACCUAUAGUGACUAAAAGUUUCUUCAUACACACCGCACCUGAAGAUAACGAAGAUGAGUUACGCGAAGAAUUGAACCAUUUAGCCGCACAACCACGCAAACAUUACAAUGUUCUAUUUGUGAAAACACCAGCACAGACCAGCAAGGUUGCUGCUGUAAAUCUGGCCAAGGCACUCAAAGAGGAGAAAACUGUUGUUUAUGUGCUGGCGAAGAAGACAUCUGCUACCGAUUUACAAGAGGCCAUUCAGGAGGAGCCACAGCAGAUUAACAAACCCGAAGUGUUCUUCAUCAAGUAUCGCACACCUGAGGAAGCCGCUAAUGCACAGCGUCAAAUUCAAUCGCAAUAUGACAGUUUAGGCGGCACUUCCACCAUUACCGAUGAGGGUUUAGCGCCGGUAACUUCAGUUGUGGGUUCGCUCGAUGCGCCAGAGGAGGAAGAGGACGAAGAAGAGCAACAAUUGGGUCAGCAACCGUUGAUUCAGCAGCAGCAGGAUACGGCUGCGCAAUACGAGGAUCAACCUUCGAAUGCCAUCAAUCCGGCUGCUCCUCAGUACUUACCACCAGCGAAACAGUAAUAAAGAUCUCCAUUUUGUCAACGAAUGCUUAAUGUUAUUUUUGAUGAAUUUGUUGUUGCAUACCACUUAGUAUACGAAAGUAUUUACAGAGUUCAAGAAUCAUCAACAAUGCUCG